GCUCCUGGGGCCGAUCGAUAGGGGAGGUGACCGGCUCUUCAGGAGCUGAAGAGGAAGAGCCAUUAUUAUUGCACUGUGGCGGUAAGGAGCAGCGGAGCCUGCAGCCCAUAGGAAAGGCGGGACAGGAACCCUAGACCUUCAGCCUGGACCGGAGGACAGCCAUCAGCUCCUCCUCAGCCAUACCUGCAGCUCCUGAUUGCAGCCGGAGAUGAGAGGCUGACCCCCUACGUUUACUUCACAGAGGAGGGGUGGAGGCGACCAGGGGAGAACCAUUCCUGCAUUAUUUUGAAGGGAGAGAAGGGGGAAACCACACCACUUGCAGCUACAGGAUUCAGUACACUCCGAACACCCCGCCCCUUUGUCUGAUGGCUACAUCUGCUCCAGCCUGCUGCUCUUUUAACCCUUCUACGCACGAACAAAGCUAGUAUCGCAGUCAGAGACCUCCUCUGUAUGCAGUCCGGUGUCUAUCAACAGAGGCCAUAAGGAUCUUUACUAACACCCAGCCUCACAAACAAGAGAACCCUGAAGGACCUAGUCUUCUAAUCAGGAUCCUGAGAAGUACACUGACCUCUCCUGUUUAGGAUUCCAUUGACCUGCAGAAGAACACAGCUUCCUCCUCUUUAGGAACCCAUUGACCUGGAGAAGUAGACAGCAUCCAUUGACUUGGAAUGUAGGGAGCCUCCUGCUGUUUAGAUCCCAUUGACCUGUAGACAUAGCCGCCUCAUGUUUAGGAUCCCAUUGACCUGGAGAAGUAGACACCCUCGCUGUUGUUUAGGAUCCCAUUGACCUGGAGAAGUAGACAACUUCGCUGUUGUUUAGGAUUCUAUUGACCUAGGGAAGAAGAGAGCAUCCAACUGUUCAGGAUCCCAUUGACCUAGAGAAGUAGACAGCCUCCUUCUGUUCAGGAUCCCAUUGACCUGGAGAAGUAGACAGACUCCUUCAGUUCAGGAUCCCAUUGACCUGGAGAAGUACUCAGCCUUUUAAGGAUGCCAAUAAGAAGGAAGAUCUUGAGGGUUUCCAAACGCUCUCUUGUUGCAGUCUUCUUCCUCUUCACCCUGUCAUCCUCCUUCCUUUACUUCAUUUACGUUGCUCCAGGCAUAGUAAACACUUACCUUUUCAUGAUGCAAGCUCGUGGGAUCCUCAUCCGGAAAAACAUGCGGACGAUAGGAGCCCAGGUGUAUGAGCAGGUGUUGCGUGGAACUUAUGCUCUGAGGAAUAGCAGCAGCAUUAAUGAGACAGAGUUUCCUGAUUAUUUUAACAACACUGAAUCAUUUAUUCAGACAACAACAUUCCUUCCACCAGACUUCACUUACCUCCCUCAUCAGCCGUGCCCUAAACGUCUACCCUUCAUGAAAGGUCCAGUCAAUGUGAACAUGAGUGAGGUGGAGAUGGCUGAUAUCCACAAGCAGUUUGCCAAGGAUUCCAUCAAAAUGGGAGGUCACUGGAGGCCGAGUGAUUGUAUUCCACAGUGGAAGGUGGCCAUUCUCAUUCCCUUCCGGAAUCGUCAUGAGCAUCUUCCAGUUUUUUUUAAACAUCUGAUCCCGAUGCUGCAGAGACAGCGCUUACAGUUUGCCUUCUAUGUUAUUGAGCAGACUGGGAAUCAACCAUUUAAUCGUGCAAUGCUCUUUAAUAUUGGCUUUCUAGAGGCCAUGAAGGACCUUGACUGGGACUGUUUGAUAUUUCAUGAUGUUGACCACAUUCCAGAGAAUAACCAGAAUUACUAUGGCUGCCAGAACAUGCCUCGACAUUUUGCAUCUAAGUUAGACAAAUACAUGUACCUGCUGCCCUACAAGGAGUUCUUUGGAGGUGUUAGUGGUGUGACCGUGGAGCAGUUUCGUAAUAUUAAUGGAUUCCCCAAUGCAUUCUGGGGUUGGGGCGGGGAAGAUGAUGACCUUUGGAAUAGGGUGCACAAUGCAGGGUACACAGUGUCGCGACCAGAAGGAGAUAUUGGGAAAUACAUGUCUAUCCCCCACCACCAUCGGGGAGAAGUCCAGUUUCUUGGACGGUACGCUCUGCUCAGAAGGUCUAAAGAACGUCAGAACAUGGAUGGCCUCAAUAACUUAAAUUAUUCCCCAAAUAUCACAUAUGAUGCCCUGUAUAAGAACAUCACUGUAGAUCUAAGCCCUGAGUUAGCUGUGGUGAGUGAUUACUGAGCUUGGUCAGGACCUCGCUGCUUUGUCCUCUCCAUCACUACAGGAUGUGUGUGAAAGAUUAGGACACCAUGGUGAGCAAAGAUCCCCAGACCUUGGACAGUCUCAGGAUCAAGUCCUUCAUUUUAUGAAGGCCCCAGAACAGACAAUUUUAUGUACAGAGAAAAAUACACUCCCCGUCGCUGUUUACAUGGAUGUCAAGCUGCUUUUUCUUCAAGAUGUCUGGUGACAGCAGACAGUAUUAGGGGGUCUGCAUCCAUUUCAUACAACUACUGUAGCUCUUUGAAGGUCAAUUAAUAUCUUCUUAUUUGGUUUAAAUUGUAGGGAUUGGUGCAUUAUGUAAUUACUGGGGUUGAUAGGGAACCCCAUAUAUUCCUCAAUGUGAAGGCUCCUUCCGCCAGUGCUGACUGUUAUGUAUUAAAGUGCUGGUGCUGACCCCAGUUUUCCGUUUGUUGCCCCCUUCAUUAUCUAUUGUAGGGUUUGGCUUCUCCAUUAGACUGUCAACCACCAGGGGAUUCAUAUGCUGGUGCUGAUCCUUUACAUACAGUCACAUGAUAAGGCCAACUUUCAUGCUAGACAUGGUGUGCAGGUGUGGACAGAGGGGUCAAUUAGAAAUUGAUGGGGGGGGGGGGAUCGGUGAUGUAAAUGCAGAAAUUAGCAGGACAUUGAAAGUUGAUACACUUUCAGCAAGACACUGCAAGUGGAGGCAGUGAUUAUCUGUAAAUUGGAUGUGGAUGAAGGAAUCAACAUCAUAAUUGGUGGACGCAGAGGAUUAUUCGAGGAUGAAUGCAAUAAUUAACAGGUCAUUAUGGGUGGACACAGGAAUCAGCAGGAGACUGCUUGUGGAGGCAGUGUGUGACCGGAAAUUGGGUGUGGAUACAGGGAUCAGCAGAUCACUAUGCAGGGGUCAUCUGGAGAUUGGGUAUGGGCACCGGGAUCAGCAGGACAGAUUAUUGGAUAAACCAAGGGAUCAGCAGGACAUUGGGGGUGCACCCAGGGAUUAGCAUGUGUGACACAGUGAGAGGUCUGGGAAAACAGGUAUUUUCCUCCCAGCAUGUGCUACUGGGCUAAUUUACAGCCAGGUGAGGUCAAAUACCAGACCGGAUUUUAAAUACCGGUCCGGGUUUGGGACACACCUAGCUGUCCUUAAAUAGGCAGCUGGGCUCAGAAGCCAUGUCUCUGUGUUGGGAUCCGGGAGCCUUGUGUCCGGAUGAAGGCUUGCUACCUCUUUGGCGUGAAAACAGGUUGGUGCUGC